AUGCGGCAAGGCGACAUCUUGUUAUCUGGCCUGGCCCUUCACACAAGUUCCAGAGAGCUGGAGGUCACUGCGCAGUUUCUCGAAAGAUGGAAUGCCAUUUUCAGUGCAUUUCCCUACGCAGACUGUGAGGUGCUUGCUCGUGGGACUGGCCCCAAGUUUGACGCGCCGCAUUUGGAAGAAGAGAUUGAACUCAUGCGGCAGGGAAAGACGGAUUGUCAGGCUCUUUAUCUCAGCCGUCUUGACGAGUUUGAGAAGCCAGAGGACUUUCGCGACUUUCCAUUCAGCCACCGUGAACGGAACCCGGUGGUGAACUUUCACGUCGCUAUUCUUGGCCUGGCACUGCUUCUUCCUGCAUGCUACGGCGGUGUCCAUCUAGCAGCAUGGAAAUGGACCUUCCCAAGCCAUUUUAAGGGUCUUUUCUGGAAGAUUUUCUGCCUCUUCUUUGUUUGCGCAUCCCCGGUCAUGUUCAUCAUAGACAUUGCCUUUAUGGGGCUGGUCGAGCUUAUCAACUCUCGGACCGUCACCAACCGCCCAAGAGACGGGGAGGAUGCAGAAGAUGGGAAAUCAAAGAAAGAGAGCGAGACUGACUAUUGGGACACUGGAUUCUUUACUUUGAUUUGUUUCAACAUUCCCGUCUUGGUGAUGUAUAUCGUUGCGAGGGUCUAUAUCGUGCUUGAGUCGUUUUUGAGCUUGAGAUCUGUUCCUCUGGGGGUGUUUCUCUCGCCAGCAUGGCUCUAG